AUGCCAUGUUGCCGUAGGCUUGAAUAGCUCGCAGACGGCAGACAGCAAGUGAAAAGAAGCUCGGCCACACUCUCCCUUCAAUUCAUCCGCUCACUCUCUGUCAAAUUUCUUCAUCAGCUCCCCGGCCUUCUGUUCCUUUCUCUAUCUCUCUCUCUAUACACACACACACACACAAUAGAAUUUUCAGAGAGUUGAUAGACAUAUGUUUCCCAGCUACUAGCAGAAAUAGAUCGACGAGAUCAAGAUCGAAGAUCAGUGAAUUUAUCAAUGGGCCGGCCGCCGUGCUGCGACAAGAUGGGGGUCAAGAAAGGGCCAUGGACGCUGGAAGAAGACAUCGUUCUGGCCUCGUACGUGCAGGAGCACGGGCCGGGCAACUGGCGGUCGGUGCCAGCGUCCACGGGCCUUGCCCGGUGCAGCAAGAGCUGCCGCCUCCGGUGGGUCAACUACCUCCGCCCCGGCAUCCGCCGUGGCGACUUCACGCCCCAGGAGGAUAGCGUCAUCGUCCACCUCCAGUCCCUCCUCGGCAACAGGUGGGCCGCUAUUGCGUCAUACCUGCCGAAUAGGACUGACAACGACAUCAAGAACUAUUGGAACACGCACCUCAGGAAGAGGCUCAAGAAGCUGGAGGCCAUGGGCGCCAUCUUCGCCCUGCCGCCACAGCCACCCGAAUCCACCAGCACCCGCUCCUCCUCAUCAUCAUCCUAUGCCUACAGCGUGGACAAUAUCUCUAGGCUGCUCCAUGGCUUCAUGAAGACUUCUGCACCCCCAGCCUCGGCGCCAACAAAAUCAUCGCAGAGUGCCUCAUAUGCUGACGCCAAACCCAGCACCGUUGUCCAUGUCAUUGAGGCCAAUGAGUACGCUUUGCCGCCUACCUUUGACGACUACAGCUUCUCCGGCACCGGUGCGGAGCUGAUUAACUUCGCCGGCGUUCAGCAGCAGGUGUCACUGUCUUCAAUCGAGAAGUGGCUGUUCGACGAGGCGGUGGAGACGAAGGAUGAGCUGAAUUCGUCCGAUGCAUCCUACUCCGUACCAAUGCUGUUCUAAGGAAAAAAGAGAAGAGACACAAGUAAAUUACUUGGAUCCGUCGUGUUGAUCGAGCAUCGGGCCUCCUUCUUGUACCCUGAAUAAAUAAAUAAAAACAACAACUAUUGUAACUACUCUACUACAGAACUAUGGAUAUAUUUUGAUAA